UAUUGUUUGUACUAUUUCCAUUUGUUCAACGAGCUUGCAACCACUUGAUUAUGGAUUUGGCCGUUAAACAGAGCAUCAAUUGCAACCAAGGGACAGUGCGUGCCGUUCGCUACAAUGUUGAUGGUUCGUACUGUUUGUCCUGCGGUUCGGAUAAAAAAAUAAAACUCUGGAACCCAAAGUCCGGUUUGCUGCUCAAAACGUACGGCGGACAUGCGGACGAAGUGAUGGAUGCGACGGGUAGCUGCGAGAGCAGCUUCAUUGUGUCUGCCUCCCUCGACAAGAGCGUGAUCUACUGGGAUGUCUCGACUGGAUUACCCGUCCGGCGUCUGCGGGGGCACGCGGGCGGGGUAACCUGUGUGCGAUUCAACGAGGACUCUUCGAUUGCUGUUUCCGGUUCGAAAGACAACACGGUUGCCUGUUGGGACGUUCGGACGCGAAAGCUCGAUGCGGUUCAGACGAUGCGGGAAGCGAAAGACUGUAUUACGGCGUUGGUUGUGAGUGAGCACAAAAUUUUAUCCAGUUCGCUCGACGGCUCGAUACGAACCUACGAUCUCCGAGCGGGACAGUUGACCUGCGAUAUUGUGGGGGUACCGGUGACUUACCUAGUCCAAACACGCGAUGGUCAAUGCUUGUUGGCGGCCUGCUCCGAUGGCACAAUCCGGUUGAUCGACAACGACACGGGAGAACUGCUGUCGGAGUACAAAGGGCACCGAUGUGAUGACUAUCAAAUCGAAUGUGGCAUGAUCGCGGAAGAUAGUAAAAUUGUUUCCGGCUCCGCAGAGGGUGCAGCAAUCAUCUGGGAUCUGCUAGAAGGCACCGAGGUGCGCAGGUUGCGAAUUGGCAGUGAAGUGGUCCAUUCGCUUGCGCCACACCCGACAGGCAGCGAUAUAUUGUUCGCUCGGAAACGACACAUAGAAGUUUGGGGAAUACCAGACGAUAAUUUGGAAGAAAUAUAA